AUGACAGUUUCGUACGCGCUGACCGUCUCCUCCGUCAGCUAUUGUGCAUUUCUAAAGUUGUUGCGAAAAUGGAGAGGAUCGAUUUUGAAAGCCGUGUGGGCGGAGCUUCUUGUCUGGCUCAUUUUGUACGCAAUCAUCGCGAUUAUCAUCAAUUUGUGCUGUCCGAUUGAGGCCGUCAGGUUUGUGAAUUCAAAGUGAUGUAUCUCAGUUGUGGGUGGAGAUAUCAAAAAGCGGUCAACUGAUGAAAUGAGCGUUUUGAAAUUGUGAACAUUUUAUCAGUUGACCACUUUUUGCCAUCUCUACUGACAGCUGAGAUACCGUAGUUUGAAUGAACAGUUUUAAUGGAUUGCUAUUGAAAACCUUUUGUUGCAGCCGAUUUUAAACAGACAAUAAUUUUUAGACACAUCAGCAAUGAGCUGGCCCGUUUGAAUGGCCAUUUGGAGAGUUUGGAUCUGAAAUUCAUGCUCGGCUUUUUCGUGACGAUUGUGGUGGACCGAUGGAAGACUAUCCUACAGAAUAUCAGUUUUAUUGAAACGUACGAACCUCCUGCACAUGAACUGAAGUAUUGUCGGACAAAACUUUGAUGUGAAGGGCCUGAAACUAAAGAAGAAAAAACUUGCUCAGUUUGACCAAUUUCAUAAACUUUUCGGAUAAUCUGUAAUUUGGUCCGUAUUGAUCGGAUGCGAAAUUGUAAUUUUAUUAGUUAAAAAUUAACUUUUACGACCUCAAAUACUCGUAAUUUGCACAUUAUCUCAGUUCAGCGUGGCACUUUCUGUGAGUACAAUCAUUCGCGGAAAAGACGAUAAUGUGCGGCUGGCGAGACGAUCGAUAGUACGGUAUUUGGUGCUUUCGCAGGUAUACUGUAGCAAUGCCCGCAUUCAAAACGAUUUAUCUCAACUGCGAGUGGAGUUAUCAAAAAGAUGUCAACUAAUAAAAUGUUCACUAAAAAAUUGUGUACAUUUUAUCAGUUCACCACUUUUUGAUAUCUCUGCCCACAGCUGAGAUACAGUAGUUUAAAUAGAAUCCGUUCAGGUAAUGGUGUAUCGUGACAUAUCCAUGAGGGUCCGAAGACGAUUUCCAACUAUGAAAAGCCUUGUGGAAGCCGGUAAAUCACAAUUUUUCCCCGGUAUUCCAAUAUUUGUCAAAAAAAAAGGUUUUCUAUUCGAAAAUGAGCUGCGGGAGCUCGAUUCGACUGAAAAUGUGUUCAACAAGUACUGGAUGCCCAUCAAUUGGUGCAAUUCGAUUGUUUGGAGAAUGCAAGAGGUAAUAGUAUGCAAUUCGGAUGUCUUUUUCAAAAGACUUAUUCAUGUUUCGUCAAACCACUCGAUUUUCAGCAGAAAUACAUUGACGCGCCAGUUUCCACGAAUAAUGUUUUGAAUGUAAGCUCGUUUCCCUUCCGGACGCCUCAAAACUCAUUCAGAAUAUUCGAGACUUCCGGAUUCAGCUGGAGAAUCUCUGCAAAUUCGACUGGGUGCCGAUUCCGAUCGCUUAUCCACAGGUUUCCAGACAGUUUUGACGCCAGAAACUACCAGGAUUUUAGGUGGUCUUCCUCGCGGUCCGCAUCGUUUUCUUCUUGGCACUCUUCACGAGACAGUACAUUCCGGUCGACGAGUUCGGCCUUGUGAGUACCUUUUCGCAUUGGAAUCUUUGAACCUUCUGCCCUUAUUUUCUAGUUGACCACUUUUUUGUACAGCAACUCGGAAGACUACUGUAGCUAUUGGAAGUAGGUCCACUUUUUUCUCAUAAAACUACUUCGUAAGGGCGCUCUACUGCACACCACGUGCGAUUCAGCGCGAAUUUGCAAUAGUCUUAAAGUGUGGUACAACUUCCAAGAGCUACAGUAACCCAGGGAGUGGUCGUACGAAAAAGUUGUCAACUUCAAAAAUCAAGAUUUCAGUGGUACCGCUACAUUCCCCUAAUGCCCGCAAUGUCGUUUCUUUUCUACGUUGGAUGGAUGAAAGUGAGUUAAUGGCUUUUUGCAAUAAAAUCCAUGAAAAGUACGUUGACAGGUGGCUGAAGGCCUUCUGAAUUCGUUCGGAGAAGACGACGAUGAUUUCGAAGGAAAUUGGGUCAUUGACAAGAAUAUUACGGUUUGUUAUUCAUCAUUUAUUGAAUUGCACAGACAAAUUCCGUUAUUUUGAGCACUUUUUUGCAGACCGGAAUGGAGAUAGUGGACGGAAGUCACGCAGAGUGUCCCGAUUUGAAUAUCGAUCGGUUCGCCGACCCGAAAUUCGGUCCCAUGUACCCGAUUUUGCUCGAAAAUGCGACGAACAACCUGCAAGGAUCGGCCGCCGACGUUGUGUGAGUGAAACUACCAAUAUCGUUGCGUUAGAUUUGCCAUUUUGCUCAAAAAUCAUAAUAAAUCUCCUCAUCUUUGGACACUUGGAUCUCGAGAUCCGAUGAGUUUCUCCAAUAGUGGUCCACCGAAAAGAUGUAGCCAAUCUUGUGCUUAACAACUUUUUCAUUGAACAUUUCACUCCAAAACUUGUCCGAAACUCCGAAAAACUUGUAGACUGGAGUAACGUUUUUGCAAGAUACAUAUUCGGAUUUAUAUGGAUUGGUUGAAACGCGAAAAUCUAGUUGACUAGUGCUUCAAAAUCCUUUUCCAGAAUCCCAGAAACGUCUCGGAUGGUGCACGUGGACAGCCAAUCGUCAAUGGCUUCUGAAUCGAACAAUCAACCGAGACAGUCUUCGAUUCGAAGAAGGUUCCAGAGAUUGAGCUCACGGUUGAAGUUGGGGUACGUUUCGGAAGUGUACAAUAUCGGAAAUGAGUUUAAAGGCGAACCACGUCGGCGCCAAGGAUCACCAUCAAAUCACCGGCGGCUGACAGCACGCACAGUGCGUUCAGCAGUUAGUUUCCAGAACAAAUCGGUUCUUUAAUGAUAUUGACGGUUUAGAUCUGGAAUUUGUGACCGAGGAGAGUGAGGAUCCGCGAGCCGACAUGAGGAUUGAGAUGGAUAAUAGCGAGAGGGGGAAGAAGUAG